AUGGCUCUUUUGAAGAACAAAAUAAUCCUUUUGUUAUGUUUAUUUCUCCAUUUCGAAAAGGCACAUUUCCAAUUCGAUGACGAGGAUGGACAGGAUGAUUUUCCACAACGCUAUUCGCGUGAAUCGAGUAAACGGAAAAAGUACGAAACCGGCUGGCGAUCCGAGGAUGAUCAGGAUCAGGAGCAGAUGCAGGCUCAGGACCCCGAACAGGACCCGGAUGAACAGCUUUGGCCGCGAGACCACCGAGAGUGUCCUACAAGUAUUUGUUCGGCGGAAAAUGCAAAUGCCUUGCGAUUCGAAAAGCCGUGGCCCAAAAAACUAGGAUCUGCCAGCAAAUUUAAUAAGGCAAAAGACGAUAAGGAUGUGCAUAAUAUGCCCUUAAAAUGUGACGAAGAUGACGACGACGAUGGCGAUGAUGGGGACGAUGAUGACGAGGACGACGACGACGAUGAUGAGGCCGAUGAUGAUGAGUAUUUGAGUGACGGUGAGCAGGAAGCUUUUUUGGCAAGGAUGAGGUGUCUAAUGAAGUCCUUGGACACACACACCCGGGCCAUACACCGAAACCUCAAGAUCCUGCAAUCCCGCAUAAACAAGGCCAAAGAAAGAAGUAGCCAAGGUUCGACAUGCCGGAAACCGGACUUCUACACUCAUCCAAAAGAUAAAUGGUUUGAAAAUCCUCAACAGGAAGAGAAAGAAAACCACCCCGAACAGUGUGUUCCCGAAGCCACCAAAAAGGUCAACAAUCGCCAGGACACUCCUGUCUAUACUCCUAAUAGUCCACACAGCCCUCAAAGGUUGCUAAAUCUUCAAGAUUCUCAAAGAUCUGAAAGUCCUCAAGGAUCUCAAAGUCCCCAAAGAUCUGAUUAUAUUCAAGAUUCUGAAAGCUCUCAAAAUCUUGCAACUCCUCAACAAUCUCAAAGACAGCAAGAGCCUCAAAGACCUCAAGGCCUUCAAGAUUCUCAAGGUCCAGAAAGUUCUCAAGGUGCUCCAGGCCCUCAAAGUCCCCAAAGUCCGCCCUCUAAUUCGGAUAAUAAUCUAAAGGUUUCUCCACUAUUGAAACUCCUCAAUAAUCCUGCAGCCCUGCAAUCCAAACCGGAAUCGCCAGGAUAUUGGGCUCCUAAUCCGGUGCUCACCCGUCCUGAAGAUAUCUCAGUUCAUUUUAAUAAAAGGUCAAAUCCACGCUACGAGGAGUACGAGGCACGUCUCAGACGUUUGAUGGCGAAUCGGGAUGCUAUCGAGAGAAACGUUAUGAAAGUAAUGGGCACAUCACGAAAAAUACCACGGAAAUAG